AUGUUAUUUAUUUUGGUACAGGAUGAAAAUUUGUUAGGAGUUGAUCAGUCUACAAGCACAAGAGAUGGAGACCCACUACAACCGGGAAGUAUCACCCAAAAUUCAGUCCCAGGGAGUGCAUCUACACAAACUAAUGAUGGCACUGUCAAUGGUUAUAGUUCGUAUGUCAUAACCAUUGAUGGAAUAUCGACAGUGUUUUCAAACCCAGUGCGCAUAGCAGGAAGCACAGUGAGCACAGAGACUGGGGAACAGAUUCCUGGUACAGUAGAAGUUAUCACUGGGGACCUCAUAACUUCAGGACACAAAGGAACAGCAGGACCACCACCCUAUGACUUGGAUACUGAGAAUAGAGUGUCAACUUCCCACCAUGGGUAUAAUUUGUCCCAGGACAACAAGACCGAUAAGAACCAGGCCAUAUAUAGCAUUGCGCCAGAAGACAAAGGACCCCCAAACCACUCUACUUUUGGCCACUCAGGCAUACAGAGUCAUGAUGGUUCAAAUGCAGAGUACAUCACCCACACGGCCUCACAGCAAGAACUCCAGCAAGUGGUUCUGGUUCAACAUCAUCCCCAGCCAGGCAUGGAAGGUAAUCUGGAACAUUCUAUACAGGUCCACAAUCUGUCUGGGAAGGCACCAAAAUCAGAGGAGGUUUAGAGGCCAUAUUAGUUAAAAUAUAUGUUGGUGUUUCAAUGCUAAGUUUGUGUGAAAUAAAUUGGACACACACACACACAACACACACACACACACACACACACACACACACACACACACACACACACACACACACACACACACACACACA